AUCAGUUUUUGUAUUUUCUGACAGUCAUAGACGCGUACGAAUUUGCGUUUUGUAAAAAAAACAUAAUUUCGAAUAUUUUUUUUACUUCUGAUAUGGUACAUUUUCUCUCAAACUAAAAUACAUAUAGCUUUAAACAAUGAUUACGCUUAAUAGGAAAUUGAAAAAGGAUCACACUGCCGUGGAACCUGCAAAUGGGUUGACUACGAACGAAUCAGUGGUGAGAAGAAUAUCAGUGAGGGAUAAAUUGUUGAUAAAAGAAGUGCAGGAGAUGAAUGAGAACCUUCCUGCUACGUGUAGUGUAUAUUUCGAAGACCCUAACGUGUUGAGUGAGUUCAUAUUGACUGUAGCACCCGAUGAAGGAUAUUGGCUGGGAGGCAAGUUUAAAUUCAGUGUUUUUGUUACGGAAGACUAUAAUAUGGCUCCUCCGCGAGUGAAAUGUCUUACAAGGUUGUGGCACCCCAAUAUAAAUGUGGAUGGUGAUGUCUGUCUGUCACUACUGAGGCAAACAUCCAUUGAUGAGCAUGGCUGGGCACCUACCAGGAGGUUGAAGGAUGUUGUGUGGGGACUGAAUGCUUUAUUUACUGAUCUCUUAAAUUUCGAAGACCCAUUAAACAUAGAAGCAGCGGAAAUGUACAAUAAGAAUAAAAUUGAAUUCCAAGCUAAAGUUCAAGAAUAUAUUGCAAAGGGCAAGAGAUGAAAUCUGCAUAAUCAAGUCACUACCUAUAUUUUAAAACAUAAUGAAUGAUGCAAUGAAUUUUAUCUAAUGGGAAAUUUAGCAUGGCAACCAUAGUGAUGAAAUCUAGAAAAUACAAUCAUUUGCUUAAUUAAGUGCUUCCAAUGUACAUUACGAAUCUGGUAAUCGAUUUUAUGAAUAGCGGAAUAUUAUCUAAAAUUUAUAGAUUUUUACUAAAGUAAUUAAUUCCAUACACAAAUGAUUACUGGUACUAUAUAGUUAUUUGAUAUGCUUAGCCUGUAUUAAUGUGAUAUAGAGAUACUAUGAUACAUUAUAUAUAUAAUAUAAAUAGUUGUGGAGUACACUGCACCUCCGGCAAGCAAUAAAACUAGGUUAUAAAGUACUUUAGAACACAUAAGGUAACUAAUUACUAUAUAUUUUAUAGAAGUAUUUUUUCAUAAUUACUAUUGUCAUAGUUACAUAUACAUACAUAUUAUGUACCAAAUUAAAGAGUUGAUAGCUAUUUAAAUGUUUUAAAUAUAUGAUUGCAGCAUAGUACAAGUUUUGAUAUUGUUAUGAAUCUGUAGUUGAGCAAAUUAUUUUGCAGAUCAAUGCAAAAUUUCAUUUUAUAAUAAUUUUGUAUGAAAUUAGUGAAUAAAAUAUCUAAGGUCAUGCAUAAAACUAAAUCUUUAUGUGCCUGCGUUUGUUAUGCAAGGUCUAGUGGUAUUUAAUUCAUACACUCUGAAAGUGUAUGAAUUAAAUAUUACAAAUAUAAGCAAGAUUUUCCUCACCUGGAUGUCUAAGACUACAUUACCAUUAGGCAAAUAUUCAAAAGUCAUAUAGAAUAAAAAUUAAUUAUGAUCCGAUUUUUAUAUGAAAUCAAUUAAUGUAGGUACUAGGUAUUUCCGAUUUUGAAAUCCGUCAUUAUUAUAAACAAAAUUACUGUUGUGCACUAAUCCCUUGUCUAUGUCCCAUGCUAAAUUUCCCAAUCCUAGUUUAUUAUGUAAUGCAAUAAAUACUCCAAAAAGCGGUGAUAAUGUUUGUUUUGUCAACUGGUGUAUUUUUCAUUGUCACAGCCUAUUUUUUCUAGAUCUUAUGAUGAAUUCUAUAAAUAGGUCUCGAACUUGCAAGUUAAAGCAAAUAGAAAAUUUGUGUUGUGGCAUGGUGUUGUCUAAUUUUUUACUUUUUUCUGUAUUUUUUAUUUGAUUUGUGUAUUUUAUUUCUUUUAUGCAUACCAAAGUCACGACAUUUUUUUUUGUAGAGGCCCUGAUGUUUUUACUAAUCUUUUUUUU